UUCUGCUUUUACCGCACGCCUUUCCACUAUUUUCUCCUCAAACACUCUCUUAUUAUCAUGUCUCUCUCUUCCCCAUUCAAUCCUCUUUCUGCUUCUGCCUGUCCAAACUCCUCCAUUUUCAUUAUACUCAACUAUUCUCAAUUUCCUUUUUGCUUCUCUUUUCUUUUCUUUUUUCGCUUCACAGCUCAACUAUCCCUCAAUUUUCACCGAUAAGUCUUUCUUCUCUCUUCAUCUUUUAAGUAUUGUUUUUUAUAUUUAUAUAUAUAUAUAUUAUUUUCUGGUUGCUUUAAGUGCAUAUCUGUAUCCUCACUCUGAUCUGUUACUUUCCCUUUGAAAGAUCUGGUGAUAUUUUACUUGUUCACAAGAACUCUAAACAAGACAAGAAUUGUAAGCUUCAGCUUUAAUAACUCUUCCAAGGUUUGUUUCAUGGGUUUACCACAUGGGGAAGUGGUUGUUGAUGAAUUAUAGCUUUGUCAGCUCUAUUUCAGGUCUUGUGUUUUUGUGGGUAUGUGUGAAUUGAGAAGUUUCUUCACAAUUUCCAUGUACAGGAGCAUUAUUUCUCUUGGAUCCUCUCUUUCACUUGAGAUUAAAAAGAAAAAUUAUCCAACUUUAUUUCUUGAAAGCUCAACUAGUCUGAGCUAUUAAUUAGGAAGAUUUUAUUGAAUUCUUCGGUGGAUCGAUCUUGUUGGUUUCUCUACUGUUAGAAAACAAGCUAAUUUGUUGUUCACCGCAUAAAAUUAAACGAGAAUCAGAUCGGGUGAGGAGAAGAGAAAGCUGGCAAAUAAGUGGUGGGAGAGAGUAGAUGUGGCGAUGGCGGGGUAUGAGCCAACAGCAACAGGUGCAGGUUCUCGCUAUAUUCACCAACUCCUCAGACCCGAGCUGCAUCUUCAAAGACCUUCAAUUUCAGACCAACCAUCCCCAGAUUCUAAAGACAACACCUCACCUCAAGCCAAAGACCACAGGGCUGUCGACACCGACGCCGCCGCCACCAGCUCUGGAAGCAAUCGCCGCCCUAGAGGCCGCCCUCCUGGCUCCAAGAACAAACCCAAGCCCCCGAUUAUUGUAACGCGGGACAGCCCGAAUGCCCUCCGAUCCCACGUGCUGGAGGUUUCCACUGGCAGCGACAUCAUGGAGAGCGUAUCCAAUUAUGCGAGGAAGAGAGGAAGAGGAGUCUGUGUACUCAGUGGCAACGGGACAGUUGCCAACGUUACACUGAAGCAACCAGCAUCUCCUGCGGGUAGUGUAGUGACUUUGCACGGUAGGUUCGAGAUUCUUUCGCUCUCCGGAACUGUGCUUCCUCCACCAGCACCGCCUGGGGCAGGGGGGUUGUCUAUAUUCUUGUCUGGUGGACAGGGACAGGUUGUUGGAGGAAGUGUUGUAGGACCUUUGGUGGCUUCUGGGCCGGUUGUUCUAAUGGCUGCGUCAUUUGCAAACGCUGUGUUUGAGCGAUUGCCUUUGGAUGAGGAGGAAGGGAACGUUCAAGUUCAGUCCACAGCGUCACAGUCUUCAGGUGUGACAGGAGGUGGUGGUGGGCAGCUGGGUGAUGGUGUAGGAGGAGGCAGCGGUAGUGGGAGCGGCAACGGAGGUGCUUUUUUUAACAUGGGGGGAAAUGUGGGGAACUAUCCGUUUUCAGGUGAUUUGUUCGGAUGGGGUGGUGGGAGUGGUGCAAGACCACCAUUUUAAAUAGAAAAUUACUAUGAAAUUCCAGCUUUUUCUACAUAUAUAUGAUUUUGUAUUAGAAAAAAAAAAGUACAUGUGUAAGAUGGCUUCUGAUUAAUUAUUGAUUGACACGAGGAAAAAAGAAAGGUCUGAAAACUGAAGAUCUACAUUGAUGGAGGAUGGUGGUAGCUUGAAAAGGAAUUUGCAGAAGGGUGUCUGUGAAAGAGGUUAGUGUUGUUGAAUUUCAUGUAUAAAAAACCCUUUUUGUUUUCCUUUCUAAUAUAUUUUGCUAGUUUAAUAAUGAGUAGUUGUAAUUUGAGGUCUCUGCCUGGUAGCUAGGGUUUAUAUCAUAUGCUUUUGUUUUGAUUUGAAUACAAUAUGAAUUUAUAGUAUUUGAUA